CUGACAAGACGACAACGAGCUGCCAGCCACCCCUCGAACCAGCUCCAUUGGACCUUGUCUUGUCGACAGCCAUUCUCCUUGCCCUAUUUCUCGUCGGCUGAUUCAAGCAAGACAUCUCGCUAUGUCUCCUACGGCAACCCGCGCCGUGCUCCGGCAGUCGCAGUUUCUGAUCCGCAGAACCGCCGUCAGACACAACUCGAGCAAUGCAGCAAACAAGGCCAAGGAAACAGUCAGCCAGGCCACUUCCAAGGCCUCAGAAGGCCUGUCCAAGGUCUCUUCGAGCGCUGGACCAGCAAUUGCCGGUGCUGCCCAAAACGUUGGCAAUGCCCUUCGCAAGGUCGGCGGUCCUACUGCCAAGGCUGUCGGUUUCGUUGAGCGCUUAAUACCUCCCACCGUCUACUACACUCGCGUUGGCUUUGAGCUAGCCCAGCUUGUCUUCCGCGGCCAAAACAUGUACCCUCCAAGUGUCGCCACCAUCCAGUCCUAUUUCCAACCUUUGAUCAACGCCGUCCGCAACCCCGCGACUAUUAAGAACAUCAGCUUCAACCCCCAGAAUCUCGUCACGCGGGUACGAAGCUUCAGUGUUAAGGAAUGGGCCUUCGUCGGUGUCACCACCGCCGAAGUUAUCGGCUUCUUCGCCGUUGGCGAGAUCCUUGGCCGCCGUCAAAUUGUUGGAUACCAGGGAGAGCCCCAACAUGAGCAUCACUAAAUAGACUUCUUUUGUUAUUUUUUUAUUUUCCAUUUAUAUUCAGCAUUUUCUUCUAACCUGUAGCCACCGAUUUCCUUUGUUUCCCGCGUCCCUUAUGGCAGCGAUUUGUACUAUUGUAUGAUAGACGAUGGAAUAUUAGCUGCAUUUCCUGAGACAUUUGCGAAAGACACUGGCAAAAGCCGUGUUCGAACGCUGCAGGGUGAGGCAAAGAAAUAGAAAUAUUUUGCAAUUGUGCUGGCAAAAUAUAUUCAGUCAGAACUCUGUAAAAGGACGAUGAUAGUGGCUAAAUACUAAUCAAAUUCUACUUCUCAUACAUAUCAGAA